AUGGGCGCAACUAGCUCCAAGGGUCCAAAGAUUACACCCCAUGAUCGAGCUCUUCUGGACUUGAAGCUUCAACGAGACAGAAUCAAGCAAUAUCAAAGAAAGAUCCAAACCAUCCUCGACCGAGAACAUGAGAUUGCACGACAAUGCCUAGCCAAAGGCGACAGGUCCAGAGCCUUGACAGCAUUACGCAGCAGGAAAUACCAGGAGAGUUUGAUACAAAAAACCCAUUCGCAGCUCGAGACGUUGGAAGGCCUGGUCUCUUCAAUCGAAUUCUCGCAAAUCCAACAAUGCGUUAUGCUAGGCUUACAACAAGGUAACGCAGUCCUUAAGCAGAUUCACAAAGAGAUCAACCCUGAAUCUGUCGAGCGAUUGCUGGAAGAAACUGCUGAGGCACAGACUUAUCAAAGGCAAAUCGACCAGAUGCUGGCAACUCAAAUUACAGCAGAACAAGAAGAUGCCGUACAGUCCGAACUCGAAGGGCUCCAACGCGAAGCAGCCAUCCGGAUCGACGAGCCACAAAAGACAGUCGAGUUGCCAUCCGCACCAUCAACCCAACCCGUCUGGAAGCAACAGGAGCAAGAGGCAACUCCCCAAAGUCAACCAGCAAAACCAAGGCUCCAAGAGAGACAUGCUCUCCUUGCAUAA